CAAGCAUUAGACAUCACACACAUAAUCUAUCAUUAAAAAUCGAAUCCAUUCGCAUCCAGCAUUGCCUUGUCGCACUCUACACGCUUGCCUUCUUCCUUCUCCUCAUGAUUUUCCUCUCUCUGCUGAAGAAUUUCCUAGCAAAAUGGUCUCGACGACGGCCCUAGCUUAAUCUCCAGCCUCCAUGGGAGACGGCAAUAACUCCAACAGAGGCCUUGUCUCCGCCAACGCCGCCAGCCGGAACAACAACAACAACAACAAUAACGGCAGCCACCACAAGAAGCCCGAGUGGCUGCAGCAGUACGAUCUAAUCGGGAAGAUCGGCGAGGGAACCUAUGGCCUCGUGUUCCUUGCCAAAAUCAAACCCCCUUCACCUAGUCGCGGCAAGUCAAUUGCUAUAAAAAAAUUCAAGCAAUCCAAGGACGGUGACGGGGUCUCCCCAACUGCCAUUCGAGAAAUUAUGCUACUGCGGGAAAUUUCACACGAGAAUGUCGUCAAGCUUGUAAAUGUUCAUAUCAACCAUGCAGAUAUGUCGUUGUAUCUAGCUUUUGAUUAUGCUGAACAUGAUCUCUACGAAAUCAUUAGACAUCAUCGGGACAAGGCUAACCAUCCCCUUAAUCAGUAUACCGUUAAAUCCUUGCUCUGGCAACUUCUCAAUGGUUUGAAUUAUCUCCAUAGUAAUUGGAUUAUUCACCGCGAUUUAAAGCCGUCAAAUAUUUUGGUUAUGGGUGAAGGAGAAGAGCAAGGAGUGGUUAAAAUAGCUGAUUUUGGACUUGCAAGAAUAUACCAAGCUCCCUUGAAGCCAUUAUUUGAAAAUGGAGUGGUUGUCACCAUUUGGUAUAGAGCACCUGAACUUCUCCUUGGAGCAAAGCACUACACUAGUGCUGUUGAUAUGUGGGCUGUUGGAUGCAUUUUUGCUGAGCUUUUGACGUUGAAGCCAUUAUUUCAAGGUCAAGAAGUCAAAGGGCCUCCGAAUCCUUUCCAGCUUGAUCAACUCGACAAGAUUUUUAAGGUUUUAGGCCAUCCCACGAUUGAGAAAUGGCCAACACUUGCUAAUCUUCCAAAUUGGCAACAAGAUGUACAGCACAUUCAGGGGCAUAAAUAUGACAAUGCUGGAUUAUAUAAUGUUGUACACCUGUCUCCAAAAAGUCCUGCAUACGAUCUUCUGUCCAAAAUGCUGGAGUAUGAUCCUCGAAAGCGUAUAACAGCAGCCCAAGCCCUAGAGCAUGAGUACUUUCGUUUAGAACCUCUUCCGGGAUACAAUGCUCUGGUUCCAAACCAACCUGGAGAGAAGGUCAUUAAUUAUCCAACUCGCCCUGUGGACACAACCACAGAUUUCGAGGGAACAACCAGCCUUCAACCCUCACAAACGGUAACAUCUGGAAAUGCUGUAAACAUGCAAGGUGGUCAUAUGGCAAGAUCAGUCCCUCGGGCAAUGGGAGUCGGCAUGCCGAGGAUGCCGCAUCAGGGCAUGGCUGCCUAUAAUCUUGCUUCUCAGGCUGGGAUGGGUAUGAAUCCUGGUGGCAUCCCUAUGCAGCGAGGUGUUUCUUCCCAAGCUCAUCAGCAACAACAGUUAAGGAGAAAAGAUCCUGGAAUGGGAAUGCCAGGUUAUCCUCCCCAGCAGAAACAACAAAGACGUUACUGAGUGGUUCCAGGAAAGUCUCAGAUUACUUCUCGGCUUUGCCCAAAGUUUGUCGAUGCGCAUCUUACAAAUCUUGUUAAGGUGGCGUUUGCUUGUUGAUUUAUCUGCAACCCGAGGUUCAUCAACUCGUCCGAAUAAUUUAACAUCUUAGCAUGUUCCUUGACAUGGUAUCAAUUGAUGUUAACGUUGCAUCUCUCGGAUUCUUAGAUGCUGCACAGAGAAAAGGGGAGGUAAGAUCGCUCGCAUGCAUCCACGUUUUCUCAAUACUAAGCUAUCUUUAUCUCGAUAUAGAUAGGUAACUGGUGGUCCUAUUGUAUUAUAAUGCUCCAAGUAGUAUGUUUUUUUUAAUUUAUUCGGUCACAGAAUGAUUUCUCUGAUUUGAAUGUUAGGGUUUAUAUGUGUUCAUAAGUUAUGUUCAAUUAUUUAAAACAUGCAUUGAUUAUAGAUUGAUCAUUACAUUAUUGUUAUAUAUGCAAACUUUUGUUAAACCA